AACGUUACGCGUAGCUAUGUCGAUGAGUACUGUAAGCCCGUUGCUGAAAAUCGGUCUCGGUGCGAUCGGCAUGUGGCCCGGUUCCUCGUACGGGACGUUUUGCUGGCUCUUUUACAUGACGACCCUCGUAACGAUGCAGUAUUUUCAAUACUCGUACGUCUACGCGCAUCUGGACUUCGGCGAUCUGACCAAACUGAUGGACGGUCUGGGCCUCACUCUGGAUUACACUCUGACGAUCCUGAAGCUGAUCAGUCUCUGGUUUAAUCGCCGAUUAUUCGCGGAUAUUCUGGUCGCGAUGGACAACGAUUGGAAAGACCGCGCGACCGAUUUGCGCGAGUGCGUGAUGAUGGACAAGGCUAAUCUGGCGCAUCGUUGCUCCAACGCCAUAAUAUCCGUCAACGCCGUCGCCACCGUUCUCUAUUUCAUCGAUAGCCACGUACGUCGCCGUACAGUUUCCAAGGAUGGACAACAUCGGGAUUUUCCGAUACAGAUACAGUUCCCGUUCGAAGCCCACGAGACGCCGGUUUUCGAGUUUGUCGUCCUGGGAUUGUUCUUUCAUGUAUUAGAAACGGCGACCGUGAUCGCGACAUUGAACUCCUUGAUCUUAACGCUGGUACUUCAUGUAAGCGGACAAAUUGAUAUCAUGUGUCAAGAAUUGAAAGAGAUUCCUCCCACAUUCAAUUCUAAGAUGUUCUCCACCAAGUCGCUCGUCGAGAGACAUCAGAAGAUUAUAUCAUUGUCGAAUAAUAUCGAGAACUAUUUUUCGUUCAUUGCUCUGUUACAAUUCAUAUGGAACAGCUUUGUUAUCUGCUGUUUAGGAUUCAUGGUUGUGAUAUCUUUAGAUAAAAAUAUGGAGAGUAAAUCCGGAGUUUUUAUACAAUUUAUGAUGCCAUAUAUCGCAGUAACUAUAGAAGCUUUCGUCUUUUGCUUCGCCGGCGAGUAUUUAAGCACCAAGAGUAGGUCCAUUGGCGAUGCGGCGUAUGAGGCAGUUUGGUAUGAUUUAUCUACCAGCGAAUGCCGAAUUUUAUUAUUCCUGAUCCUGAGAUCGCAAAAACGUUUGACGAUCACGGCCGGGAAAGUUAUGGAUCUCACGUUGGAAAGUUUCACUACUGUACUUCACGUGAGCGGCCAGAUCGAUAUUAUGUGUCAGGGAUUGAGAGAAAUUUCCUCCACGAGAAAAUCUCAUCCAUCGGCCACAAGAUCGCUCAUCAAAAGGCAUCAAAAAAUCAUAUCUCUAUCCAACAAUAUCAACAACUUUUUUUCUUUCGUUGCACUGAUACAAUUUGUAUGGAAUACCAUAGUUAUCUGCACUAUCGGAGUCAUGAUCGUAAUAUCUCUAGGCACAGACAUAGAAGGUAAAUUCGGAAUACUAAUACAGUCCAUUAUUCCGUAUGUCGCUGUAACGUUAGAAGCAUUCGUUUUCUGUUUUGCUGGCGAAUAUCUGAGCUCUAAGAGCAGAUCUAUUGGCGAUGCGGCAUAUGAGGCAAUUUGGUACGAAUUGUCCACCAGCGAAUGCCAGGUUUUACUGUUGAUAAUCGUCAGAUCUCAAAAACGAUUGAGUAUCACAGCUGGAAAAGUCAUGGAUAUGACUUUGGAAGGUUUUACGACUGUAUUUCACGUAAGCGGUCAAAUAGAUAUCAUAUGUCAAGGCUUCAAAACUGUUUCUGAGAAUAUUUAUGUUGAUGGAUCUUCCGUAGUUACAUUAGGAUCGAUAAUCGAGAGACACAACAGAGUCGUUUUAUUUUCUGAACAAAUCGGAAAACUAUUCUCCUUUAUCAUAUUGAUGCAAGUUUUUGCGAAUACCUUAAUUAUUUGCUGCUUAGGAUUCGUCAUCACAAUUUCAAUUCAUAAUGAGACCGGUAUCUUCGUGUUAUUGAAAGCCAUUUUGGCUUAUUUUGCUAUAAUGAUAGAGGCCUUUAUCAUUUGUUUAGCCGGAGAAUACCUUAGCUUUAAGAGUAAAUCUAUCUCCGAUGCAGCAUACGAAUCACUGUGGUACGACAUGCCAUCAAAUCAAGGUAAGAUUAUAUCAUUCAUGAUACUGAGAUCACAGAAGCGACUAGCGAUCACAGCAGGGAAAAUCAUGAAUCUAUCCUUGGAAGCUUUUGCGAGCUCGAGUACCAUCAGUCCGGGGCUGAAAAUCGGUCUUCGAUGUUUUGGUGUAUGGCCCAACGUGCCAUAUUCCACCGUUAAUUGGCUUCUUGUUAUGUCGAGCAUUCUGAUUGUACAAUACUUUCAAUAUCUGUACGUAUUCUCGCACUUUAAGCUUAGCGAGCUUUCAAAUCUUGUGGAUGGCUUAUCUUCGACUUUAGAGAGCAGUUUGAUGUUUAUUAAGAUGGCUAGUCUUUGGAAGCAUCGUCGCCUUCUUCAUCAACUCUUGACUGCAAUGAAUAACGACUGGCGCGAGUGCAGCAACAUCGAUCAACAUAAGAAUAUAAUGACAAUUAAAGCCGGUAUAUCGCACUUUUGUUUCAAUGCUAUGUUGAGUUUUAAUACAUUUGCUGCAAUACUUUACCUCUUGGGGGAUUACGUGAUUCGUUUUGUGUAUCUAACAAAAGAUUACAAUAACAGUUUGCUGCAAUUUCCUGUCAAGGCACAAUUUCCCUUUGAAACGGAGCAAUCGCCAAUCUUCGAGUUGCUUGUCUUAGCCUUAUUUUUACAUGUGAUGUCAGAUUCGUUCGCGAUCGCUAUUGUAAACGGAUUGAUUUUUAGUCUGGUGUUUCACGUGAGCGGUCAAAUCGAUAUCAUAUGUCAAGGCUUCAAAAAUAUUUCUAAAAGUAUUCAUAGUGGAUCUUCCGCUUCUACAUUAGGAAUGCUAAUUGAGAGGCAUAACAGAGUCAUUUUGUUUUCCGAACAAAUUGUAAAACUUUUCUCCUUUAUCACGUUGAUGCAAGUUGCUGCGAAUACUUUAGUUAUUUGCUGCGUAGGAUUUGUCAUCACAAUUUCCUUUCAUAAUGAGACCGGUGUCUUCGUAUUAUUGAAAGCCAUUUUAGCUUAUGUUGCUAUAACGAUAGAGGCCUUUAUCAUUUGCUUAGCCGGAGAAUACCUUAGCUUUAAGAGUAAAUCUGUCUCCAAUGCAGCAUACGAAUCACUGUGGUACGACAUGCCGUCAAAUCAAGGUAAGAUUAUAUCAUUCAUGAUACUGAGAUCACAGAAGCGAUUAGUGAUCACAGCAGGGAAAAUCAUGACUCUAUCCUUGGAAACUUUCGCGAGUGUAAGUUUUUUGUCUUUGUUAUAUAAAACGAUGAAACGUGUCAACACCAUCAGUCGCUCGGUGGAGAUCGGUCUCCGUUUCAUCGGUUUGUGGCCGAAUUCGACUUACGCAACUUUUUAUUGGUUUAGUUACAUGACGUCCAUAGUAAUAGUGCAAUAUUAUCAAUAUGCGUAUGUGCUUGAACAUCUUGAUUUAAACGAUAUCUGGCUUCUUAUGGACUGUCUUAGUCUGACUUUGGCAUAUACUCUCGCCUUUUUCAAACUUCUAGUUUUAUGGUGGAAUCGCCGGAUAUUUUAUCGUAUUGUGAAAGAUAUGGAGCAAGAUUGGAGAGAUUGCAUUAUCAAUGGUUCGUAUGUAUCUACGAUGACGACUAUGGCGGAUCUGUCGCGUCGUUUUUCUAACAUAGUAUUCAUUAUCAAUGGUAUCGGCGCAUUUUUUCUUUCGAUUGGCGAGCAUUUGCUCCAAUCGAUGAACGAUGCCAAUCGAAUUGACAAUAGUUCUCGAGAACUCCCUUUAAAAAUGGAAUUUCCCUUCGAAGUCAGCGAAUCACCAAUUUUUGAGUGUUUUCUAAUUGGACAAUUUGUCUAUGAUUUGAGCAUGGCUUCUGUGGUUGGUUUGAUGAAUGCAUUGCUUGUCACAUUGAUACUUCAUGUAAGCGGUCAAAUUGAUAUUAUGCGACAAGAUUUAGCCAAAAUUUCCAAAGACAAAUACGAUCGUAGCACAUUUUUAAUUAUUAUCAGAGAUCUCAUUUGUAAACAUCAAAGGAUCAUUGCUUUAUCGGAAAAUAUUGAAAAUCUUUAUACUCAAAUUGCGCUAAUGCAACUUCUAUGGAAUACAUUGGUUAUUUGUUGCACUGGUUUCUCGAUUAUAAUUAGUAUGUCACUUAGCGAUGCAGUAUACGAGUCAUUUUGGUACAAUAUACCUCCAAAUGACAGUCGUAUUUUAUUGUUCAUGAUGUUAAGAUGUCAAAAGCGAUUAACGAUUACUGCAGGAAAAUUCAUUGAUUUGACGUUGGAUGGAUUUGCAAGUAUUAUGAAAGCAUCAGCUUCUUACAUAUCAGUAUUAAAUGCAAUGUACUAA